AUGGCUAGAGAGUCUAGAUCUACUGCAAAAGGCAAGGCCCGAUAUUACAACAGAAUUCGCCGCAAUACCGGGUGCGAAAUUGAGUAUCUUAUUCCUAAUACUCUACAGAAGAAGGAUACAGAUGGCAAGGCGGGACCGCUUGCUACUGCGAUCCUGCAAACCCUAGCAGUUGCCUCUUUUGUGGAGAAAGACCCCGAAACACUCCGUGGCACGAUCGCACAGGCCGUUGAGAGCAAGACAGGACGUAAUCUUGCGGCCCGCUAUCUGAACAAGCCCUGGAUUCUUAGAGUGGAUUGUGACUGGGUCUUGGAGCAAUGCUGCCAGCGCAACGGAAAGACAGUGGAGUGGGCUAAGGAUAGAGCCAAGAAACACAAGGACUACAAGCCUUACUUAGGGGCAGCCGAUUCGGAC